AUGGUGGCAUCAACAUCAAAAUCUGGAUCACUCCGUAAACUAGAAGAUUUCAUGGCCUUGGGGUUGAAUAAUUUGGUUGAUUUUCUUGCUGUUGGUGCUUUGAAAACUUUGGGGAGAAAAGUUGAGUUGGUUGUGUGGGCAUUCAGUGCAGUUGAGCUAAGUUUACCGAUCAUACAGGAAGAACAACAGGCCAAGAUAAAUAAAGAAUACGAAAAUAGGUUAAACAAAUUUAACAUAUGUGAUCCAUUGAGUAUAGAAGAGUCCAAAAGAACUGAUAUUACUAAAUGGCCCAAACUUGAUUGCAGUUCCAUUUUUGCAUAUAUUUUAAAAGUCAGGGACUUCGGUGUAGAGUAUGUGGGUUGUUAUAAAGACCAGAAGGCAUACUCGUAUUGGGAUUCUGGUUUUGUUAGCACCAUAUAUUCACAUAUGAGCCCCCAGAGAAAGUGUUAUAUGGAAGUGUUAGGAGUUCACUGA